AUGAGCUUCUCACUCACGUUCUCCGAGCUGGUCAACAUCGCCAUCCCGCAGUGCGGGGUGGUGAACUUCAAGGCCCUGCACCUCCUGCUUCAGGGCAUCCUGGAGCACAUCCACAUGGCUGAGCUCAAGAAGGUCCUCUCAGGAGACGAGGACUUUCUCCAGACCUCACCAGUUGUGUUCAUGCCCCGGGAAGCAGACGCCCAGCCCGUCCUCAGCCCCAUGAAGAGGCUCAGCAAUGUCUUUGACCACGUGGUGAGCCGCAUCGACAAGAUGGAGAGCCAGCUGGCCGUGCUGCAGGACCUGCCCUCCACUUCCCAGCUGCUGGAGGGCAGCCAGGGCAGGGGCCAGCCUGCCCAGGACCUGUGGCACCUGAUAAAGCUCCGGAAGAUGGUGGAGGGCAACGAAGAAGCCACGGCAAAGUCCAUGAAGACUCUGCAGGAUUUGCUUACUGACAUUUAUGCACUCAGGAACACCACUGAAACUCUCAGAAAGGAUGUGGACAGACUGAAGGACAUAGUUGACAAGAUGCAGCCAGAAAGAAUGGAUACUUUGUUCGAAGAUCUGAAAGGACAGAGCAGGAUGAUGAGUGCACUGCAGCGGGAAGUGGUUACUCUCCAGAGCAAAAUCCUCACCAUCCCCAAAGCUGAGGACGUGGUGCUCUGGAGCAGCCUCCACGAGGCCAUGUUCAACCCCGGAACUUCUGCAAGAGGAGCUGGUCCAACACAGAUUGAGGAUUCGGACCUGUGGCAGUUGGUGGAGCAGCUCCCGGAUACUGGUCUUCCUCAGACCACCGAGUACCGUGAAGCUGUUGGUCGUGUCCAGAUUUCAGAGGCCAUCCAGAGCCCUAGGUUACUGGAGACUAUCUGGCAUUAUGAGACCCCCAGGCAGCUACAGGAGGAGGAAUAUGACCAAGCUGUUCUACUCACUGGGUCCCAGGGGCCAGGGCAGGCUCUGGGGCUUGAGCACGGGUCUAUGCCCACACCGGGGCCACGGCCCGAGGCCAUGCCUGCUCCGGGGCCUUCACAGUCUGGCCAGGCAGAGGUGCACCUGCUCCCAGCUGUCUCAGAAAUUGAGGAAGACUAUGUAUCCCAGGACGUGCCAGCCCCUCAGGACAGGGCCCCCGGGGCUGGGGCCCCCAGGGCUGGGGUCCCCAAAGAAGCACCCGCUAAGACUCCCCAGUCUGCCCUUCAGCGCCUGAAGACCACUGCAGCCAUCGCGGCCGCCGCCGCGGCCUCCUACACAACGGCUGCCACCUCAGCGGCCCGGAGAGCCGAGGUUGUCGCCAAGGCUGUCAGGGAUGCCCCUGCCACCAAGUUGGCCACCAUAGCAACGUCCGUGGCUGCAUCCGGGCCCUUAGGGGCAUUCGCAGACAGCCUGGGUGCGGGCUCUUCUCGCGGGGCCUCGGCUUUCACUGAGGACACAGAGGUGGAGGAUUUGAAGGUGUUGGGUGAGGACCUCUCUCCGCUGUACCCUGCUACCAGCCUCCCUCCUGAAAGGACCCUGUCCCAGGUCAUGCUGGCUGCCCAAAAGGCUAUGACCCCUGAAGACAAGAAGACGGCCGUCAGGUACUCCAUGGGCCGCAUAGCCCAGAUGCCCAUUAGACACGACUCCCUGAAAGAAGAGUUUGCCCAGCUGUCAUCCACCCUUCAACAGCGCUUGAAUUACCUAGCUAAUAUGGGAGCCUCCUCCAAGCUUGGGACGACAGUGGACAUACUGCAGGAAAAGAUCGGGAGCCUCCAGAGAUCCAGGAUAAAGGAGGAGGAACUCAAGACAGUUUGGGGUCACCAGAUAGAGAAGAUAAAGAAUCACCACAUCGUGCUGGACAGGGCAGUGGAGAAGCUGCAGAUUCGCUUGGAUGACUUGAAGAUUGUCCAUGCUCAAAUUAAAAACCUUGAAAUGCAUAAGGUGGACAAAAGUGUGAUGGAGCAGGAGUUGAAAGAGAAAGCUGACAGGAGCACCCUGGCAAGCAAGGCGAGCCGGGCCGACCUGGAGACAGUGGUGACAGAGCUGAACGAGAUGAUUCAGGGCAUGCUCUUCAGGGUCGUGACCCAUGAGGAUGACUGGAAGAAAGCUCUGGAGCAGCUGAGCAAGGACCUGAGCACCAAGCUGGUCCACAGUGAUUUGAAUGGUCUGAAGAAAGACAUGGAUGAGAUCUGGAAAGUACUCAGGAAGCUCCUGAUUGAAGGCCUCCGAUUUGACCCUGACAGUGCUGCUGGCUUUAGGAAGAAACUGUUUGAGCGGGUGAAAUGCAUCUCCUGCGACCGGCCAGUGGAGCUGAUGACGGGCCCGCCACUCAUCACCAUCCGCAAAGCCCACCUGCUUUCGAGGCUGCGGCCAGCCAGCGCCAACACCUAUGAGUACCUGCAGCAGCAACACUUGAGGGAACACUGGCGGCUACAGCAGCUCCGGGACCUUGGAGACCAGCACAGUAGUCUGGAUUCGCUGGGGUCCCAGAAGGACUGGGGCGACGGCCCUGGCAAUUUUGCCAACCUCAAGUUCAACUCCUAUGACUUGUCAACGCUCUACCCCUACGGGGACCCCGAGGUGUUGGACUAUGACACCGCUGAGGUGGACAUUCUGGGAGUGGACGGGAUCCUGUACAAGGGCCGAAUGACCAACCGGGAUGGGGCACGGCCUUUGACCAGCGUUGAGAAGGAGAUGACAGCUGUGAAGAUUCCGCACCCCCCAACUCGAAACCUGUAUGAUCGUGAACGCCCGAGUAACUUUUAUGGUUCCAUCUACCCCCCCCUGCACCCCCACGCCAGCGUGCGCUCGGCUGCCUCAGGCCCCCCGCCUACGACACCAGCUCGGCCUCCAUCGCUGCCGCCCCUGCCACUGCUCCCCCCACUGACGCCAUCCGGGCGGGACCCCCAGCAGGCCCCAGGGCCCGCCCGGCACUCAAGGGCUCUGCGCCUCGAGUCCCGAGCCAGCAUGCAGCCCUCCGAGGAGCCCACCAAUCCGUGA